ACAGAACUUCUUGUAGUGAAGAGGAAGAGAGGAAGGCCCAAAGGAUCAACCAAGAAAUGUUAUGCUGAAGAAGAAUCGGCUGAAAACAGGACCUCUGCUCCAAGUGAAGGUGUUCAACCGGGACCUGAAGAAGGAGGAGAACUGGUGGAGGUUCCCGCAGAGAACCUGGAAUGCCGGAAGUGCAACCGGAAGUUCUCUAAUUCCCGACAGCUACGAAAGCACAUCUGUAUUCCCGUUAAGAAUGAAGACUUGGAAGAGGAAGAGGAUUCAGGUAAUGAUUCUGAUGUUGACCUUGACAGGAGGGAAGAUGAGCGAGAAAAACCAUCCAAGAGGCAGCGGGUACAAAGGACUGAGAAAAGUCUUGCCGCAAAAGAAGCAGACUCGGGAGCUAAGAAUCCUAUUAUCAGUGUGGUCUUGACAGCCCACGAAGCAAUUCCAGGUGCCACAAAGAUAGUUCCUGUGGAAGCAGCUUCUCCCCAAGAUGAGCAGCCCGUCAACUCAGAAACCUCCGUGUCGGACACAUCUCAGCGAAGAGGUUAUCAGGAAUAUGCCAUUCAGCAAACUCCUUAUGAGCAACCAAUGAAAUCAAGCAGGUUGGGAGCCACUCAGUUAAAAAUUUUCACCUGCGAGUAUUGCAACAAGGUGUUCAAAUUCAAGCACUCCCUUCAGGCCCACCUGAGGAUCCACACCAACGAGAAGCCCUACAAGUGCUCCUUCUGCAACUACGCCAGCGCCAUCAAGGCCAACCUGAACGUCCACCUGCGGAAGCACACGGGGGAGAAGUUCUCCUGCGAUUACUGCCCCUUCACCUGCCUGAGCAAAGGCCACCUCAAAGUCCACGUGGAGAGGGUCCACAAGAAGAUCAAGCAGCACUGCCGCUUCUGCAAGAAAAAAUACUCGGACGUCAAGAACCUGAUCAAGCACAUCAAGGAGGCCCACGACCUGCAGGACAAAAAGGUGAAGAACGUCUUCGACCAGCUCCGCUUAAUGACGCGGGAAGGCAAGAGGCAGCUUCUGUACGACUGUCACAUCUGCGAACGCAAGUUCAAAAACGAACUGGACCGCGACAGGCACAUGCUGGUCCACGGGGACCAGAGGCCCUUUGCUUGCGAGCUCUGCGGCCACGGAGCCACCAAGUACCAAGCUCUGGAGCUGCACGUCCGCAAGCACCCUUUCGUGUACAUUUGCAGCGAGUGCUCGAAGAAAUUCGUCAGCUCCGUCAGGCUCCGAUCGCACAUCAAAGACGCCCACGGGGAAUUGCCGGAGACCUCGGUUUUUAAUAAUUCCAUCAACCAGAGCUUUUGCCUGCUGGAACCCGGAGGAGACAUCCAGCAGGAAGCCCUGGGAGAGGAAUUGUCCCAGACGGCAGCUGAACUGUCACUUUUGAACUCCAAGGCGCUCUGCGUGGUGAAGCCUGUUUGCGCAGGAGAAGGAAAUGCCACCGAGGGAAGCCAUGAAAACAAUAACGCCGCGGAGAGUUUGGGAACAUCUCCUGCUCUCCUUUUGGAUUUUGAAAGCCCGCCAGCAGCCAACGCACCAGACCCAAUUUGUGAGCCGCUAACUGAGUUGCUGUCACCACAUGCUAGCUUGGUCAGUGCUUCGGAUAGCUUUUUGCAGAAAAACGCUUCACCAGAUUCAGAGGGGGAAAAGGCCCGUUUGGCCAAAGACCAGCUGCCUCUGGACUCUUCGGCGAACGUCCACUGUGAAGUUGAACAGCUUUUGGGAGAUGAAAACUCCAGUUUGAACCAGAAAUGCCAAGGUCCAGAGAACGUUCCUGAUACCCAAGAAGAGAGCCAAGCCGUUGGUCUUAGUCAUCAGGUAGCCAACGACUCAACUCUUGAAAAGACGGAGUCCUCCACUUCCCUUCCCCUUCUAGAACCCGGUGUAGAGUCUCACCAGAAACCAGAGCCUUGUCCUCAACCUCCCGAGGAUCAAACUGGAGCUGCAGCCUUUAUGCAGAUUUUGGACAACCUGCAAAAACAACAGAUGAAUACAACUUUGUGUGAGAAGAUACGGAAGGUCUACGGAGACUUGGAAUGCGAAUACUGUGG